AUGCAGACGGAGGCCUCGGUUCGGUACCACUGUGUUCGUAUUCGGGACCGACUAGCCGAGCAAAUCGUCUCUGCUUUAGCGAAGAUUCGUGAUCCGGAACAAUAUCAAGCAGCGCUCAACGCGUACUUGGGGGCCGUGCAGAUGGCUCGAGUCGCUGUUCUAAGAGGCAAGGAGUUCGCGGACCUGACGAUAGUCUGCCCCUUUAUGCCCACGUAUUUGGAUGAAAAUACUGUUGCGGAUGAACAGAAGAACCUUGCUAUCUACGCAAUCUCAAAGCAAACGGCGGGCCGCGAGAUACUUCACCGAAUCACGCGUACGAAACUCGCUUUUGUUCCAGUUUUCAUGCCGAUUGCCGGAUUGGCAUGGAUUGGAACCGGAGUCCGCUCUGCGGCACGGAAGCUGACUUCGCUCUUUCGGAGAAAAACGAUUGGGAAACUGCGUCUUCGCCAGCCUCCUUCACGUAAGCUGGAUGGGGAAGAAAAAUUGAAAACAAAUGUAUACGAGGAUUAG